AUGAUUGGCGAGAGCUCGUCAUCAUCGAUGAAGCAUCGCAAGGACAAGAAGGAGAAGAGCGCCGAACGCAAGCGCAACCGUAAGAAGCACAAGCGGGAUCACGACACAGCGACGGCAGCAGCUCGGAAGUGGGCCAAGAAGCUCCUCGUGAUGCGCAAGCUCACCGACAUGCUCUUCUCGCACUGGCAGCAUAUGCAUGCCAACAACCCCGCCGCCAAGCAGCUGGAGGCGCGCUGGCGCCAGGCGAUCAAGAUGAAGGGCACAUCUCGCUCGAGCAGCUCGACCAGUGGCAGUGCGCCCCAUGCACGUUUGACUGGCGACACCGAGGAGGGCUACGAGCCGCUGCGCACCCCACCGGCAACGCCGGACGGGACGGAGCCGUCCAUCGUCUUCCCGCACUCGUUCGAGGUUGGCUCCGCCGAGCUCCGGGAGUAG